AUGCAUUACGUGGAGAACACUCCGUUUUUAUUGUCUGGAGGAGCGGACGAGUCGAUUCGUUUGUUUAACCUAACGGAGGCGAAGGAGCAGGGAACGAUCCUCUUCCACCACGGAGAUGUGAAUGCGAUCGAGUUUGCAGGGAAAGAAAUGUUCCUGAGUGGAGGUUCGGAUGGAAAAGUGGUAUUAUGGAAGACCAAGGACUGGUCUCGUGUGAAAACGCUCGGCUCUCAUCGUUCCUCGGUGCAUCACCUCUGCCUGCAUCCGUCCAAUAAAGUCGCUCUCUCGGUAGGCCAAGACCGGACUCUGCGCCUGUGGAACCUGAUCAAGGGAUCGAUCGGCUUUGUCCGCAAACUCAAGUUCGAAGCCUGGAAAGUGCUGUUUAGUCCGGACGCUUCUGAAUAUGUUUUGCUGACUACGAAUAAGGUGAUCGUGUACAAGACGGCGGAUGGCGAAGAAUCGUUCACUUUGGAGAAUGAUCUCGGAUGGAACGAUGUCGCUUACUUAGCCGUAGAAUUUUGCAUCGUGGUCGUCGGGAACGAUAAAAUGAUUCAUUUGUACUCGAGAGAGGGAAAGUUGGAUUUGGAGGGAAAAGUGAAUGGCAGGGAAAUUCGGACGAUUGCGUCCCACACAGAUCUGCGGCUCAGAACCGUGCAGGUUGUAGAGGUGCCGAAGGAGAAGAAGCUGAACUCGUUGGUUGUCACAGGAAGCUCGGAUGGGCGCAUCCAGGUCUGGGAUGUGUUCGAGGAAGAAGAUCAGCUGUUGUGCGAGGUGAAGACGAGCGAGAGAUUGGUGUGCUGCGCCACUCUGAUGAAGAAUUGUUGA